AUGUUCUCCCAGACCCUCCGCCGCGCCGCAGCUCAGUCUGCCCGCUCUCCUCUUGUCGGAAGAUACUCCGUCCCUCCCCACUUCGAUGGUAUAACUGCCAGCACCGUUGUUAAGGCCGGUUCCAUCGCCGCUACCUUUGGCGUCAGCGCCGGUGUGUCCGCGCUCUUCUUCUUCGGCGAGGUCCCCCGUGUCCGCAAGGAUAUCCUCCAGAAGCUCCCCUUCUUCGACACCUACCUUGACCGCACCGUUCCUCCUGAGGACAACCCUUUCUAA